GACGGAAGUAAUAAUCCCUGCACAGCUGUUGGAAGCGUACGCUCUAUGGUUGGAACUUGGAAGUGGACCUGGAGAAGCAGAAGGGCCAAGGAGAUGGACCGUUAUGUGCUCAUUUUCGUAUAGAGACCAAUGAAACCAGUAUUAGUUAAAGAUUUGCGGAAAAUAAAAAAAAUGUUGCUAGAUAACGAACUAGUUGGACUUGUGGAUCAUGGCUCGGCAACCCAAAAACCACCCAAACAUGGAUGGAAAAUGUACCCUGCUAGAGUAUUGACUGUAAACGAUGAUUUAGAGACAAUUAAAGCAGAAAUGGAGUGGCUGGAAGGUGUGGAUCCAGAAGACCAUCUAGGGAUUACACCAAGGAGGAGGAAAGUUGGCAAAGAUGAAGUGGUGGAUGAUGAUGAGCCAAGGAAAGCCAAAGAGAAAAGAAAAAAUGUAGAGCUGGACUCGGUUUUACAAGAAUAUGAAGAGGAGCGGAGAAAGGACAAGGCAACAAUACAAAAGCUGAGAGAACAGGUGGAUUCUCAACAGAAUGAAAUAAGAAGACUGCAGAACCUCAUCCUCAAUUUGCAGGAUGGCGUCUCGUCCCUCAUAAAGGACACAAUAGAAAAAUCAACGCAACAGUUUGCUCCAAGGCACUCUGUUAAGAUGACAGAUCUGCAGGCAUCACCAUCUUUUCCAGCAGCCAGUGCUGACAACAAGGCGGAGGUGCAAGAAGCCAUGACUGUCAAGAACCUGAACGCGAGGUUGGCUGUCAAAAAGGCAUUGACGUACAAGAAGAUGACCAGGACACUAAUGACGGCCAUGUUUCCUCUGGAAACUCUCCUGAAGAGUUCCGUCACUGGGAAAAAGCUUCAGAAUGGCGAGCCCAGGCCCGCAUUAGACCCAGCCAAAGUAAAAUCAAUCAUCGACGAAGUUAAGAAAAGGUUUGUGCACGCGAAUGACACCGACAUCAAAGCUUGCAUGGCCCAGAAGUUGAAGGACCUGCGCCAGUGCGGUCGCAGUGAUGGAUCUGCACUGUACCUCUGUCAGUAUGAAAUUGAAAGAUUUACGCAGCUUGAGGAUUAAGGACAAAAGUGAUGGACUAAUAGGUAGACUUUCUGUUUUUCUCACUCACACACACACACACACACACACACACACACACACACAAUAUUAUUGACACUUUUUCAUUGGUUUUUUAUUUUUUCGGCAUUUGCCUAUUUUUUUUUUUACCAUAUACAAUGUCAGGCUAUUACCAUAGCCUGCUUCUUGAAACUUGCCCUAUUGUUGUUCCUUCAAUAAAGGACAUGGUUUAGAAGCAUUAUCUUGCGCAAUUGUUGAUUUUUGGUUUGUGGAAUGUAAUUUAAUGAGGAUCAUUUUCAGAACUAAAAUCAUGUGACUUUUAAAUUCUUGUCAGUGAGUUCAUUUUUUAUGUUAGUGCUUUGCUUUUAAAAACAUUUAUCUUUACGAAAGGAAUGUGUGAUUGCAGUUCACGUGAAAAAAUGAACACAAAAACCAAUGCAUGCAGUUCAUGUUGUUCACGUUAAUCAUGUGGAAAAGAUCAACAUAAAAAACGUUUUCAAAAAA